GUCAAUCGUCCGUCGUCGUCAUCCCGUGACUGUUUUUCUAGGCAUUAUAGCUCACCUCUCUUCUUGUUGGAUCGCAGUCGUCGGUCCAGAGAGAUACGGGAGAGUUCCUCACAAUGUCUGCAAGCAGGGACAGGGACGAGUGGGAUACGGAGGAUUCAGACGACCUCCUGCCUUCAGACUCGGGAUAUGGAGAUGAAAAGGUCUCAGAGAGAAACAGAGAUCUGAAACGGAACAAUGGUGGAAUGACUGAAUCCAAGCCUCCGGAGAAACACUGGACAAAGCAGUUUCCAUUCUCAGUGUUCUUCAUAGUUGGGAAUGAGUUCUGUGAGAGGUUCUCCUACUAUGGCAUGAGAGCUGUUUUGGUUCUGUUCCUGACCCACCAGCUGGGUUUCGGUGAUGACAGUGCCACUGCACUCUACCAUGCCUUCAUCUUCUUGUGCUACAUCCUGCCUCUCCUGGGAGCCAUCAUCUCCGACUCCUGUCUCGGGAAAUACGGGACAAUUCUGAGUCUGUCGGUGGUGUAUGCCAUUGGGAACAUUGUGGUCUCGGUCUCUGCCAUCCCUUUCAGCAAUGCCGUUAGAGCCAACAUAGCCCUUACAUCAGUGGGGCUGAUUAUAAUUGCCUUGGGAACUGGUGGGAUCAAGCCUUGCGUGUCUGCCUUUGGUGGAGACCAGUUUACUGACGGCCAGGAGAAGUUUAGACGGUACUUCUUUUCAUUGUUCUACUUCUCCAUCAAUGCUGGCAGUGUCAUAUCUACACUCCUGACUCCUAUCCUUAGAGAUGACAUAAACUGUUUUGGAACCGGAGAGUGUUUUACUCUGGCAUUUGGGGUUCCUGCUGUUCUCAUGAUCCUAUCACUUGGUAAGACAUGCGGCGUUUGGAAUGGCUCCUUUGGUAUAUGUGUUGGCUUCUAGGGAGAAUCAGCUCCUCCUCCCCUCCCCUCCACUCUCUCCCAACCUAGAGUGCCAUAUAUCGCCGUGUGAAGCUUGGUCGUAUAUCUGCACAAGACUCACUGGCUGCAGUAUGCCAGCCCCAAAUACAGUAGCACCUUCGUAGAGGAUGUGCGACUGGUGCUGAGGGUCCUGGUCAUGUUCCUUCCUCUCCCCAUCUUCUGGGCCCUCUUUGACCAGCAGGGUUCCCGCUGGACGCUGCAGGCUGUCCUUAUGAACGGGGAGCUGGGGACAGUGGCAGUCAAACCGGACCAGAUGCAGGCCCUCAAUCCCAUCCUCAUCCUCGUCUUCAUACCCAUCUUUGAGUUUGGCGUCUACCCUCUCGCCGCCAAAUGCCGUCUGCUCAAACGGCCUCUGCAGCGGAUGGUGGUGGGGAUGGUGAUAGCAGGUCUGUCCUUCAUGGUGGCUGGGUUUGUCCAGAUCAGUGUACAGAAUGCCGACACCUCUAUCAGCAGUGGACACGCCAAGAUUGUUGUCAUUAACUCCAGUCCAGACACGCUCAACACCAGACUAUUUGACCAAAACUUCAAUCUCUCGUCAGCAGAGACCUUCUCCCGGACUGUUGGUCACCUGAGCAACCAGACUCUGUGUGUGACCUCUGACCUCUCGGCGGAGGACCCCUGUAGCAGUGGGUCGUCCCUCAAUUUCUCCCUCUCCAGUCAGCACAUUGUCCAGCUGGUGGUCUACAAUGAUGACGGAGAGCUCGGCAUUACUAUGAUAAGUGAGAAAGAGAGCCUCCCCGAUGGCGGCAAGUCCAGCUUCAGGGUGAUAAACACAGUGGUGCCCGAGUCGUAUGUGAACUUCACUCUCUACUCCAAGAGGUGCAACUGUUCCCUGGAGUCCUGUGGUAGUGAGGUCCUCACCCAACAUAUUCCCUUCCAACCGUCUCUGACUCAAUGCAAGUGGACCCCAAGAGGUACUACUAUUGUGCAAGACCAGCAUCAGGGGAAGAUAGUUACUCUGUCAAGUUUCAGACUGGCGGAAUAUACACUAUUGUUCUGGGGAACACUGACAAUGAAAAGUAUUCAGCCAGUGUGGUGGAGCUACAUGCCCCAAACUCUGUCAGUCUGUUCCUCCAAAUCCCAAUGUACAUCCUCAUUACUGUGGGCGAGAUCCUCUUCUCCAUCUCUGGACUAGAGUUUGCAUACUCUCAGGCACCAGUGAGUAUGAAGGCGUUGUGCAGCAGCGUGGCUG